AGUUUGCCCUUAUUAUCUUUCUAAGAGUCUGAAACAGCAAGCCGAUAUCAUUUUUAUGCCUUAUAACUAUCUGCUGGACUCAAAGAAUCGAAAAGGUCACAACCUGGACUUGAAGGGGGCCGUAGUAAUACUUGAUGAAGCUCACAAUGUGGAACAACUGUGUGAAGAAUUGUCAUCGUUUGACUUGACUCCCUGUGACUUAGCUUUAGCUAUUGAUGCCAUCAACGCCAUCUUAGAAGACCAAGCCAAAAAAGUUGAACGGAAUGAAUUUAACGCUGAAUUCAAUAUGGAACUUGUCGAUUCAGGGCUAAACAUGGAACUCGAAGACAUAGCAAAAAUAAAGCACCAUCAAGAGGGCCAGGCUGCCUCCUCGCAAGUAGCCUGGCUGACCUUUGUUGUGCCUGCCUCCUCACAGCCCUACCUGCUCUCGUAUCUGGAGGAGGAGACAGUUCUUCUUCAUCGCCACUGA